AUGAAUCCUUAAAAAAUAAGAAAUGGUCCUAAUUUUUUACAAUAAGUUAACAAAAAAAAACAUGUAGAUUGUGCUUUGAGUUCAAAUUCACAAUCAUCAGAUGAUGAAGUUGAUGAAAUUGUUGCAAUCAAAAAAGAUGUAUAAAAAUAAGUAAUUAUUUUUCUAUUAAAUUUUAGAGAUUCUCAGUUUCUGCUGAAGCUUAUGGAUAAUUUAAUAAAAAAGAAAAUUUUAAAGCUAAAUAUAUUCCUAAAAGUAAAGAACAAUCUGAAAGAAUUAAAUAAAGAAUGUAAGAAGGAUUCAUGUUUAGUGCAUUAAAUGAUAAAGAAAUUGAAAUUGUAGUUGGAGCUAUGGAAGAGAAGAUUUUUCAUAAAGCAGAAUAUAUUAUUAAAUAAGGAGAAGAAGGAAAUGUUCUCUAUGUUGUAGAUUCAGGAGAAUUAGAUUGUUUUAAGAAUUAUGGAAAAGGUGAUAUUUUUCUUAAAACAUAUUAUCCUGGAGAAAGCUUUGGUGAAUUAGCAUUGUUAUUUUAAUCACCAAGAGUAUUAUUAUACUCCUAUUAAAUUUAUAGGCUGCAUCUAUUAAAGUUAAGAGUGAUAAAGCUAUUCUUUGGUAAUUAGAUAGAGAAACAUUUAAUUUAAUUGUCAAGGAAGCUUCUAUCAAAAAAAGAUAAUAAUUUGAAACGUAUUAUUCAUAUUUUUAAUCUAGAUUUCUUGAAAAUUGGGAUUUAUUAAAAGAAAUUAAAGAUCCUUAUGAUAAAUUAAAAAUGAGUGAUGCAUUAUUUGAUAAAUAAUUUAAAAAAGGUGAUAUCAUUCUAUAAUCAGGAUCAAAAAGCAAUGAAAUUUUUAUUAUAGAAUCAGGAAGAGUGUCUGUUUUGAAAAAUAAUUGUAAAAUUAUUAUAUUAUUUUAAGAAAAAAUAUUUGAAUUAUGUAAACUUGGAGAAUAUUUUGGUGAUUAAAGUAUUGUAACUAAUCAAAUUGAAACAUUCACUUAUGUAGCAGAAGAAGAUAUUAAAUUAAUGUAUAUUCCAAAAAAAAGUUACUCAUCAACUCUCAAAGAAAUUUAAAGUACUUUAAUGAAUAAUAUUCAAAUAAAAUAUGGGAAAUAUUUAUGAUAUUUAGAUUUAUUCAUUUUUAAAAAUUAAUUAUCCUAANUUGCAAUCAAAAAAGAUGUAUAAAAAUAAGUAAUUAUUUUUCUAUUAAAUUUUAGAGAUUCUCAGUUUCUGCUGAAGCUUAUGGAUAAUUUAAUAAAAAAGAAAAUUUUAAAGCUAAAUAUAUUCCUAAAAGUAAAGAACAAUCUGAAAGAAUUAAAUAAA